CUUCACCUACUCCUGUGGCCUAUCGGAAGGCGUGCGUCACCGACGCCUCCUCCUCCUGCUCUUUUCGGCAUGGCCUUGUUGAUCCGCUGGGCACUUACAACGCGAUAGCCCAAACCUGCCUUUCCUUAAUCCCUUUUCCUGCCCGAGCGGAUCGGAGUUGAGCCUAACUUAUCCCCACGGCGUGUUGGCGAUGGCAUCACGGGCUCCUCCCCCCAGCCGGCUGAGGGCAGCGAGGCUUCAGCUCGGGGUGGGACUCGUGGAGCGUAGAUUCCGCUUCCGGUGUGUAUUGUGUGUAUCUUUCGGGGGCUGGAGGAGGCGGCAGUGGCCUCGGCAGCUCCGGUCCCCCGGUCCCCCGGACCCCUGGACCUGGACCUGGGGGAGGUAAGUGGGAAUACCUUCCCCUCCCCUCCGACUUCUGCUGCCCUUUUCUCCCUGACUGGCUUCAGCUCUGUGCUCCAGCGUCCCCGCGCCCUGUUACUACGUCACUGCCACCCCCAGCACGUAACAAUCGCCUUCCUCCUCCUGCUUGGGGGGCCGGUGCUAACGUCACCUUUGCCCUGAUGAUGUCAGGACGUCUAACGUUGUCUAGCUACAUCGCCUUACCAUCUCCCCUGUACCAUAUUUUUUUCAUGAGCCUCAUCGUUCAACUUCAUGAUGUCAUAGACAUCUUGCACUCCAUCAUAACAGUCCGAGAUACUCUGCUCUUUUGGAGUCACACUCACUCUUACUGCCGGCCAGAGGUCUUGCUUUCCCUACCCCUCCCCGAAAAGUCACGUCUGGCAGAGCUGGAGAGAGGAAAUAAGGGUGUGCUGGGGAAACUGUCGGGGGCCAAUGCUUGGAAGAAAAGAAUAGUAAAGUUCGGGACUCCCAAAGAUAGGGAGAAGAAUGGUAAUUCCCACAGUUUGCCCCUCAUCCACUGGCACUUUCAGAGAAGGAAGAGAAUCUGUUUCAUCACUCACAGAGGCUGGGUGGUCCUUCCCUUUUCCCAUCCUAAUGCCCUGUUCAGUAUUGGCUCCUAAGCUACAGAGACUACAACUCUUCCCCAGGCCUUCCUGAAAAGAAGCAGGGUGGCAUCCAUCCUCAUCCCAAUUCAAGUCCUGUGAAAGAGUGAGGCAUGAAUGACCCAUGAUGAAAUAUAUGAAAAAAAUUGGUGAGGAAUAGGCCUAGAAGAAAGAUGAAGAGCAACUCUAGGAGAGAAGAAUGAUUGGGACAAAUUGGAGGAUGGGAAAAAAUAGUAGCUACAGGUGAAUGAUGGCAGAUACAGGCCUGAUUGAGGCAGGGGCCUCAGCGGCCUCAGCGGCUACAGCUCUGGAGAACUUACAGGUAGAGGCAAGUUGUUCGGUGUGCCUGGAGUAUCUGAAGGAGCCUGUCAUCAUUGAAUGUGGGCACAAUUUCUGUCGGGCCUGCAUUACCCGUUGGUGGGAAGAACUGGAAAGAGAUUUCCCCUGUCCUGUUUGUCGCAAGACAUCACGUUAUCGCAGCCUCCGACCCAACAGGCAACUGGGCAACAUGGUGGAAAUUGCCAAACAGCUACAAGCUGUCAAGCGGAAGACCCGGGAUGAGAGCCUCUGCCCCCAGCACCAUGAAGCCCUUAACCUCUUUUGCUGCGAGGACCAGGAACCUGUAUGCUUGGUGUGUGAGAUCUCCCAUGCCCACCGGGCUCACACCAUCGUGCCACUGGAUGAUGCUGCACAGGAGUACAAGGAGAAGCUGCAAAAGUGUCUGGAGCCUCUGGAGCAGAAACUGCAGGAGAUCACCCAGUGCAAGUCAUCUGAAGAGAAGAAACCUGGGGAACUCAAGCGUCGAGUGGAGAGUAGGAGGCAGCAAAUUGCUGGAGAGUUUGAGGAAUUACAUAGACGGCUAGAAGAAGAGCAGCAGCUUCUGCUUUCUCGAUUGGAGGAAGAGGAGCAAGACAUCCUUCAGAGGCUUAGGGAAAAUGCUGCACAGCUUGGGGAACAACGUCGAGACCUUGCCCGCCUUGCUGCUGAGAUAGAGGGCAAGUGCCUACAAUCAGGUUUUGAGAUGCUCAAGGAUGUCAAAAGCACCCUGGAAAAAUGUGAGAAGGUGAAGACCAUGGAGGUGACCUCGGUCUCCAUUGAGCUGGAAAAGAACUUCAGCAGCUUCCCCCGACAGUACUUUGCCCUAAGGAAGAUCCUUAAACAGCUGAUGGCGGAUGUCAUCCUGGAUCCAGAAACAGCUCACCCUAAUUUAGUCCUGUCAGAGGACCGAAAAAGCGUCAAGUUUGUGGAAACUCGGCUCCGGGAUUUACCUGAUACUCCUCGGCGCUUUACCUUUUACCCCUGUGUCCUGGCCACAGAGGGCUUCACUUCAGGUCGUCACUACUGGGAGGUGGAAGUGGGUGAUAAAACCCACUGGGCAGUAGGUGUGUGCCAGGACUCUGUGAGCCGAAAAGGCGAGCUAACUCCACUGCCUGAGACUGGAUACUGGAGGGUUCGACUGUGGAAUGGGGAUAAAUAUGCAGCCACAACUUCACCUUUCACCCCUCUCUGCAUAAAAGUGAAACCCAAGCGGGUGGGUGUAUUCCUGGACUAUGAGGCUGGCACACUGUCUUUCUACAAUGUUACUGACCGCUCGCACAUCUAUACUUUUACUGAUACCUUCACUGAAAAACUUUGGCCCCUCUUCUACCCGGGUAUCCGAGCAGGACGGAAGAAUGCAGCACCUCUUACCAUCCGGCCUCCAACAGAUUGGGAAUGAUGAUGGGAAGGGACAGGGUGGGAUGUUAAAGUAAUGAUGGUGAUAGGGGAGACAGGUAUUUGGAACUGUGUCUCUUAAUUUCCUGUGUCCUGCUGCUAGAAGUUUCCUUACUAUCAGGCUUAUGUCCUAUAUCCUGGAGAAGGUGAAGUAGUAGGGAAGAUUAUCGUAGGAAAGAUACUGGGCCUGGAAGAGAGUCUUAGAGAUCACACACCUAAAGACUGAUUUCUUCCCAUUUUGUGAAGAUGGGGGAGAGAGGUUUACUGAAGGAGAGAAUGUCUUGGUUGCCUGCUCUAUGUUAAACCAAUUUCCUCAUUGCCAGAGGACUUUAGGGGGCCCAAUUCCCUCCAAAACAGAAAUAGGUGCAGGGAACCCUGAAGUCUCUGUUCACCCAUUUGGGGUGAUUCUAUAUGUCCAGGACAGUUUUGUUCAUUUGAGGGAAGCAGGAUAAUCUCUGUAUCCCUAGAAUGAAAUAAAGGUGAAUUGUCAGUCACAUGGGAAGAAGAGUGUUAAAGUUGGUCUGGGUCAAAGCUAAAAGAAGAUUGGGAAAGGAAAGUUGGGAAAAGAGGGUUGAAGAGGAGAGAGCCAGAGGUUCCAGCUACAGGGAAGAAUACAAAAUGAGUCUCCUGGUUAUUCCCUAGCUAGGUGUAGUAGAGAGAAAGAAAAAAUUGAUACCUUCUCCAGCUUUCUUGAAGUUAUACUGUCUCAAGCACAUUACUGGUGAAGAUAAUGAAAAUUACAGGCAGAGAAAUGUUUGGAGCCCAAAAAUGGCAAACACUCCCCAAGAUGACUCAGGAAUUAUGAUGAAGGAAUUGUUUCUGUUUGUCCUGACUAUGAAAAGGGUUUGAAUAGAUGGAACUAUAGCACAGAAGUGGGAAAGUAGUAUGAUGAUGGAGGGUAGGGAAAGCACUGGAUUUGAACUUGAGAAACAGAUUGAAAUCCUGAUUCUGCCAUUUAGUAGCCACAUGAGCUUGGACCAGUCCCUUGCUCACUCUUAACUGAUUAGUUACCUCAUCUGUCAAAUAAUGGGAUUGAACUAGAUAAUCUGAGAUCCCUUCUAUAAUACUAAUUGUACUAUUAAUGGAACCAGAAAUAUUCCUCUCAUUCACUUCCUACAUUUGGAGCUGGCAGGAUGAGUAAGGGGGGACCAGGCAGCACUUUUCACCUCAUUACUAAGGUUUCCAACAAUGUUUUUAAAUCCUGAACCUACACUUGUAUCUAAACCUUUUACCUAUUGUCAUACCUGAUUUACUGCCAUGUUCAAACUAAGGCUCGCCAAAGUAGAAUGAAGGCAAAUAUGUUGCCAAAAGCAUACACAGUCCGUGGCUAUUGAUAACCAAGAUUUUGUAUACAAGCAAGCAUCACUGUCACAAGCUUAUUGAGUGAAUCAGAUUUGUCCAGGCUCCCUUCAACCUUCCCUGCACCCCCAAGCCAAAAAAAGUUUUCUCACAGUA